CAGUUCUUUUCAAUAUACACAAUUGGAUGUUAAAUUUUGCAGUGCUGCAAAUUUCUCCACUUCUGAGCAUCUGGUAGGAGACAGAAACAUAAAUGUUUAUUCCCAUUUCAACCUCAACCACACGGAUUUAGUUCUGUUCUAAUGUUGCAUUAUAACUGCAAAGGCUGAUUUCAGUUAAUAUAUAGAUAUUCCAAUGCCUCGCACAUUAUUUUGUUACUCGGGUUUAAAUAGGAAAAUUACUCCUGGAACGCGCUGAACAGAUGGGGCCUGCAGAAUACUAUUCUCCACUACGACCUUCAUGUUCUUCCAGCAUAUUGACUGGUUGCAUCAAGGGCCUGGUUUAGCAAAUUGAAAGCUCAGGAACGAAGGAGAUUAUAAAAAGUGGUGAACACAUGGGUACUCCACUCUACACCAUCGAAUGGAUCUAUAAGAGGAGAUAUCUAAAAAAAAAACAGUCUAAAGCAUCGAGGACCCACACCACCCUGGCCAGGCUCUCAAUUCAUUCCAGUCAUCAGGAAGAAGAUAUAGGAGUUCAGGUUCAGGAACAGCUUCUUCCCAAUAACCGUCAGGCUAUUGAACACUACGAACUUCACGCAAAGUCAAAACAACAAACUGCCUAGGCUGUAAGAGGAACUUUGGGCUCUGCUUUGUUUUUGUGCUAUAUAGGGUUUUUUUAUUUAUUGAACUUCUUUCUUUCUUUUCUUUUUUUGUUUAUUUUAUUAUCAAUUGAGUACUGCAUUUACAAACCUGUUUUCUGCUACUGCAAGUAAAAAUGCCAUUGUUCCAUUUCGGGACAUAUGACAAUAAAUCACUCUUUAAUCUCUUGACUCUAGCUUGUCCUCUCAUGCUCCCUGCUCAUUCUCCCUGUCAUGAUGUACUACAUUGGUAAAAGUUACUAAUGCAUCCAAGUCCGGGAACAUAUAGCGUGUGUCCAUGCAGGAAAGCAAUACAUUUUCAGCAAUUGCUAUGGUAGGUUUCUGUAGAUUUCUGCACAUCAUGCCAACAUUUGAAAGCAGCAAAUGCAAGAAGAAAGAAAUAGCCCAGCAACCUACUCAUAAAUAGCUGAUGAUCUCUGCAGGUGAUCCUAAUUAGGGAUCUUACUCACAGUUGAAGCCAUGUUCAACUACGUCUGUUAAGACAUGAUGUUAGCAGGCAGUGUUGGAGUCAAAUCAGCAUUGUAUGCUAGUUGACAUGAGCAUCUGUAUAUUCAUACUUCCAUUAGUUGUGCAGCACACACUAAAACACUCAACAAUGUGCCAUUUUUGCCAACCCAAAGAAAAGCCUGAAUAGAAUCCAAUUUUACCCUAUCUCAUUCUUAAGUCUCAGCUGGAGCUUUUUUUUUUUGCUGUAACCCUGACUAUGAAGCCACUGGGAAAUCUUUCCAAUCUGCAGUUUUUUCAGAAGCAGGUGUGUGCCAUUUAAUGGACUUUCCUUUAUAUAUUGCCAAGAAAGAUCAAUAAAAGAAACAAAAGAGAGAAAGAACACCUCAGUGUAGUAUUUACUUCAAAAUAUUACCGACACCUCCAGCUUCUCCCUCCAACCGCUAUGCACAUAUCGUCGCAACCCUUCCUUAGGAAUACAUAAACACCAAUCUUUGUCCUGUGACGAUUGCUUUAUAAUAGAAAUGUCGGCUUUACUAAAAAGGUUUGACACAGGACUCUUACAUGUUGCAGUCACAUUGAAUUAAAAGAUAGUUAUAAAGAAAUAAUAUAUUUUGAAAUACUUAGGUGCAGGCUUGAAUGGCCAAAUGGCCUCCUCCUGCACCUAUUUUCUAUGUUUCCUAUUUUCUAAGUCACAAGGUUUCAAAUGUAUAAUUUACUAGAACAUACAACAAACAGUGCAGCACAGGCCCUUCGGCCCACAAUGUCUAUCGAACACGAUUCCAGGUUAAACUAAUUUCCCGUGCCUGCACGUGAUCCAUAUCCCUCCAUCUCCUCCAUACCAAAUUGCCAAUCUAAAAAGCUUUUAAAAGCUACCAUCAUAUCUACCCCACCACCUCACCUGGCAGCGUUCCAGGCAUCCACCACUCUGUGUUAAAACUUGCCCUGCACAUCUCCUUUAAACUUUGCUGUGACUUGAACCCGAAGAAGCCUCUGUACAUUAACUGCAUACUUUUCCAAUCAAUGUCCCAAACUGCAACACCUCAUAUUUGCUCGGAUAAAACUCCCUCUGCCAUUUCUCUGCUCAUUUCUGUAGUUGAUAUAUAUCCUGCUAUAUACUUUGACAGUGCUCCUCGCUGUCCCCAAUCCCACCAAUUUUGGUGUCCUCCGCAAAUUUACUAACCAACAUAUAUAUUUAUAUCCAAUUUGUUCAUAUAUAUCAUAAUUUGUUCAUAUAUAUAUCACAAACAAAGGUCACUGAGGAACCUGAUGGUGGUGGGUAAAAGGAAUAAGCUGCAAGAGGAGAUAGUUAAGUCAGGUCACAAUAACAUUUAAAAGACACUUGGACAGUUAUAUGGAUAGGAAAGGUUUAGAAGGAUAUGGGCCAAAUGCGAGGGAAGUAGGACUAGCUUCCAUGGGGUAUCUUGGUAGUUGGCAUGGACGAGUUGGGCUGAAGGGCCUGUUUCGCUACUGUAUGUAUGAAUGAAAGUACAUUUCAGAAGAUAAAAUGAAGUACUUUGUUAAGAUAUGAAUUAAAACGGCAACUGCCCUUGCAAACUGGACUUUCACGCAACGUUGUGCAGCAUCCUUACGGUUACCCGGACUCCAAUUGAGUGGCCGUCCCUCGCGUUGCGGUCGAGGAUGCGGAGCCGCCACCAAGCGGCCAUUCCCUCCCGCGGCGGUGCUGCCCAUCGUCAGUGAGAUUACGGGAAAUAUGUCGUCCACCGAAAGUAAAUCCGAUUCCAACCCGCGCAAAGUGCCGGCGGCGCGGUUCUUCGCCAGGCUGUCGACGCUGAUGGAGAAGCCCGAGGUGCGAGGCUUCAGUUGGGAUGAGAAAGGAAAGGCAGUUCUUGUGAAUGCAAAGGUUUAUGAAGAAGAAAUCAAAAUGUAUGGGGAACUACUGCCUGAGCUGAGGAACUAUCAGAGUAUGUCCAUGCUUCACAGCUUACUAUGUACCUAUGGAUUUAAAAAGAAGAUGGCAAAGGCCAGUGCAGAAGUCCACAUUUUCCAGCAUCCAGAUUUCACAAAAGAACACUCAUACAAAGAUCUUGAGAGUGAAAGCAGUAAACCUGAUACUUCAACAGUUACUUUACAGCAGAAGAGAGCCCAUAAGAAAAAGCGACGCAAUGACGGGGUGGUGCUGCUAAAUAGUACAGCAAUCUCUCCAAAAACAUCCACAGUAUCUCUGGAAAAUAACAGCAAAAUAUUAUCUGCAGGAAAACAACGGCGGAUGUUAUACCAAUACAUCAAUUUUGAUAAUCCAGAAUUUAACAUAAUUACUGCUGCUGAGAGUGAUAAAGAACAGAGCAUCCAGGAAAAUGUUAGUGAGAGCAAAGCAAAAGUACCCAUUCCGAACCAUCAAACAGCGCGACCAACAGAUCAUGAAAGCAAAGAGGAUUCCCUUUUACGAACGUCACCAAGUUUGUCUUUAGGUACUCCAGAAAAGUCGGAGCCCAAUAAAUCAUCACAAGUCUCUCUGGAUAUAAAUAAGAUGCUUAGUAUUUGUGCAGCUCCUCUAGUACCUCCACUUUCUCCACAGCCAAAAUGUUAAUUUGUGAGAAAAUUUAAAAUCACCUGCAAGUCCCACUUUUUAAACUCUUAAUUUGUAAAAUUAUCUUGGUGAUCAAAUCUGCAGCAAUAACAGAGUUGGAGGUGUAUGAACAAACACAUUUUUGUGUGUUAUUAAAUGGACAGUAAAGUUUUGAAGCACAAUAAAUGGAUUUGUUUAUCAAAAUGUGUGAACAGAAAAUAAAUAAUGUUGUACAAUAAUUAUGCCUUUAACAAUUUAUAGCUUCACUUAAAAGUAUAUCAGAUUUUAAAGGAAUAACCAUAAGUUACUCAGCCCCCUUGAACCUGUUCUGCCAUUAGAUUACAUUUUGAUUACGAGCUUCAUAUUUAAUUAAUAGUCUUGUAUUCAUAUAACCCUUAAUUUUUUUUACAAAGAGAAGGGAGGGUGAUACUACUGCCCGAGGGAGACAAUUAGAGAUACAGCUUGGAUUAUUUAUUUGAUGCACUUUAUUUCAAAAACACAUCUAUAACAUUUCUAACAUUUUGAAGCCUUUCCAAUAGUUCACCAAAACAAACUGUUAAAUCUAACCCUCACAAUCAUUUCAUUGUGUGGAAUUACUAAACUACCCAAUGCCUAUUCUCAGGACAUAUGACCUAAAGGGCAUUGUUGCGAGAUGAAAGCUCAAGAAGCUAAAUAGUCAAUGACAAGGAAGUUGAGACAUUCUUGUAAAAAUCCAGGCCAAUGUACAUAUGAAUAGGUUAGGGUGAUCUUGUGGCACAGCGGUAGAGUUGCUGCCUUACAGCGAAUGCAGCGCCAGAGACCUGGGUUCAAUCCCGACUACGAAUGCUGUCUGUACGGAGUUUGUACGUUCUUCACGUGACCUGCGUGGGUUUUCGCCGAUAUCUUUGGUUUCCUCCCACACUCCAAAGUGGUACAGGUUUGUAGUUUAAUUGGCUUCGUAAAUGUAAAAAUUGUCCCUAGUGGGUGUAGGAUAGUGUUAAUGUGGGGGGGGUCACUGGUCGGCGCAGACCCGGUGGGCCGAAGGGCCACUUUCUGCGCUGUAUCUGUAAAAUUAAAAUUGUUGUCACUAACUCCAAUCUCUCUCACAUUGCUUUAGGUUAAUGAAUUUAUUAUUAAUUAAUUUUGAAUAUUCAUGUUCGUGAGAUUUAAAAAUGAAUUCAAUACACGUUGCAGGCAUUGCAAGCAUUUAUUGUUCAUUGUUAACAGCACCCAGACUGAAGAGGAGUUAGAAGCCAUCCAUAUCUUGUGUUAUUUGAACAUCGUCUUAUCAAUGUUCCAGGAUACUGGCUGCUAGACUGAUAACUUAGCCACUAUAUUAUUAUUUUAUUUAAGUGAUAAAUAUUAGAAAUUUCAGCCACUGAGAAAGAAAUGAACAAACAUUCCUUUCAGAAAGCAUGUUGGUGGACACAUGUCCACAAGGAAGUUUUACACAGGCACAAACCAUAAUAAUGAGGUAGAUUUGCAAACAUAGAUAUUGCAUGAAAAUUUCAUCCAGACUUAAAAAAAUAAAAGUCAUAAACUUCAAAUGUCAUAAACUUCAUGCAAUUUAAGUGGGACACUUGCUUUAAAGAUCUAGUUAACAUUGCCAACUAAAGAAAUUCAGAAUAUAUUUCAAUGAGGUGGUAAAUUCAAUGUUAAUGCUUUUUUCUCUCUUCUCACCAAAGUUGCUCACUGACAUUGAAGCAGUGCCCAAACAGCUACUAAGUAGAAGCCCACAACUAAUCUUAACAAUAAUACAAAGUCGAAAAACAUGCAGCAGCUUCCUGACCUGCUGAAUAUUACCAGCAACUGCAGUAUUUUGCUUAUGAGCUUGUCUGUUGGGAUCAGAGGGUGUAACUGGCAAGUCUCAGCUCACACACAUACACCUUCCAGCUGAUAGCAAAGUAGCAAAACACUCCAGUGACUAACAGGCUUGAUUGCAACACCCAGUUUAUAUCGAGAGCCAAGUUACUCAUAUUAAUCAACCAACGACAAAUGUUUCUUUAAAAAAAAUACUAAAGGGAAAUUUCAAGGACAGAAUCAUUAACAAAAUUUGGUAAAUGUGGAAGGCAAAGAUAGACACAAAAAGCUGGAGUAACUCAGCUGGAUAGGUAGCAUCAAUGGAGAGACGGAAUGGGUGACAUUUCGGGUCAAGACUUCUUCAGACUAGUCAGGGGAGAGGGAAACAAGAGAUAGAGACGAGUAUAUAGAGAGAUAAAAAACAAUGAAUUAAAGAUAUGCAAAAAAGUAAUGAUGAUAAAGGAUCAGGCCAUUGUUAGCUGUUUGAUGGGUGAAAACGAGAAGCUAGUGGGAUUUGGAUGGGGGAAGGCUGGAGUUACUUGAAAUUAGAGAAAUCAAAACUCAUACCACUGGGCUGUAAGCUGCCCAAGUGAAAUAUAGAAGGCAAAUGGGUAAAAAUUCAGUCAGGGGUUUUAAAGGAACACAUUGAAAAGGUAGAGAAGCAAACAGGUUGGAAGAGGAAUCCCAAAGGAGAAUACAGGUACUUGCAUUCAGGUGAGAUGAAUUAGCUAUGUCUGCACCAGUGCAGACAUCAAGCAUUUCAAAACAAGAAGAAUUUUAUAAUCAAGGCACUGCUUAAUUUGGAUUAAUAUGCAUAAGUCAUAGGUGCACAAGUGUUAGUGUCCAGAGAUUUAAAUAUCCUCAAGUUUACAAUGGGUAGGAUCAGUAAGUCAAAGUAAGUCAAGUCAUCAGUAAGCCAAGUAAGUUUCUUGGAGAUCGUCCACAGAUAACAAAAAUAUAUAUUUGAGUAUUUCAAAAAAUAAAAUAUGGAAGAAAUAAAAUAAGAUUUAGUUUUCAUUUUUAGUUUUGGAGAUACAGCAUGGGAAUAGGCCCUUCGGUCCACUGUCUGCACUGAUUAACCAUCACCUGUACAUUAGUUCUAUCCUACACAAUAGGGACAAUUUACAGCAGCCAAUUAACGUACAAACCUGGAUGUCUUUAGGAUGCGAGGGGAAACCGGAGCACCCGGAGAAAACCCAUGCGGUCACAGAGAUAACGUGCAAACUCCACAUAGACAGCACCCAUGGUCAGGAUCAAACCCAGGUCUCUGCAAGGCUGCAACUCUACUGCUGCAUUACUGCGCUGCCCAUAAUGUUGCAGGGUAUAUUUUGGUUGCAUGGUUUAAAGCUCAUCCUGGCCCUCAUUAUGACAGGAAUAAACGUUGAUAAAGUUGGUAGCGAAGGAAAGGAGUUAAUAUGGAUUGUAGAUAUUAGCCAAUUUCAAGGAAAUUUCUUCUGAUCCAAUACUGAUGUGCCAAAGGUAGUUUGACAAAUUAGAUUAGACGGUGACAGGAUCAGCUGGGUAUGGCUGCAUACUCGUGGUAACUAAUGUCAUAUUUCCACAGCUGAAUCAAAAUUAAAGGUCACACCAAAACUACAAUGUUGCAAAUUUAUAAAUUAGCAACAGAACAGAAUUUGACGAUAAAGUAUUAAAUU